AUGCGAAUCCUGACGCUUUGCUUGCUUCCACUGAUAGCUGCAGACGCCUUGGAGGAGGUGGGGCCUGGCCACCACCGCUUGUCAGCGGAGGCCCCACACAGCCACAAACAGGUCAAGCAGUCAGCCGAGGCCAAGCGCAAAGUCAAUGCUGAGCCGAAGGAGUCUCACGCGGGCGGCACCAAAACAGAAACGAAGAAGGCGCAAAAUGGCCAAGCCAAAAAUGAAGCUGAGGUUACUUCGAAAGGACAUCUCACCCAUCAUGGCUCAGGUGGUCACAAGCACAUGUCGCAGCAGGCGGCGAGCUUGAUGGAGGUAGAGGUACAUGGGCCAGAUUCUCCUGUUGCCUUCUUCCAGGAGGAUUCAGAACAGGGCCCUUUCCACAAAGCAAGAGAGACACGCGUGGUCAGCGAAAGCGGAGAGGAGCCAGAGUUGGUUCGCAGAGAGGAAGAUGCAAAGCUUUCUGACGAACCUGACGCGGACAAUGAAGAUGAUGAAGUAGAGGAAGACCUGGAUGAGGACGGCAUAUCCGAAUCCGAGGCGGAAGAAGCCAAGAAUCAAGUCGAGGAGGAUGGGGAUGACUUCAGCCUACCCAGGGGUGAUCAAAGGGAGGAGCUGCAGGGACAUUCAGAUGCUGCAGCUGUCGCAGAACUUGCCUCUCCCUCCAUCAUGCGGCGUGAGGUGGAUGGCGUGCAGCACCAGCUGGCCAUGGAGAUGGUUGCAAAGCGGUGGCUGGGCAUAGACGGCGAUCACGGUUCCAAGGCGCGCACCCAUCGAAGGAGGCUCGUGCUUGUGUGCUCCCUCCUGGGCAUGGCUUUGGUCUUCAUGCUGUUGGCAGUCACCAAGGCAGAUAAAGUGAUCAAGAGUGUUUUGUCACACGUCAGCCUUUCCACUGAGCCCACAGGAAGUGAGCUACAGGAGCCACUGGAGAGAAAAGACACCGAGCCAGCCGCAAAAUCGAAAGACGCACCAAAGAGCUUGGCAAGCUUCGUGGAAGGCCUUGCCCCAUGCGCCAGCGUCAGGAAGCUUAGCAAAGAUGACAAGGAGGAGCCAGCCUCUGGCCUUCGCCGUCGAAUUGAGGCGCUGCCGGUGAGCGCGGCAGCAGAGGUCGAGCAGCUUCUGCCCUCCACUGGAGGCUACGAUGUCAACUUUUCCAAGCCGAUGAGUAGUCGACAGCUUCUCCGGCUUGAGGCCAUCAUAGAGGAUUCUCAGGAUGCGGAACCACUGCUCUCACCACUGACUCGGCGAUCGUGCGUGUUAUACACCGCCCACGCCUCCCGCAAGGUCCACGGAGGGAUGCCACUGCCAGUGGCUUUUGCAUCGCAACACGUGGACUUCACGGUGACGCUGUUGGGCACGCCUCGCGUCGCCAUCCGAGUAGCCGGCUCUGAGGUGAACCUCUUUGCCACCAGCGAGUGUGAGUUUGCAGAGGUUCUGCCUUUCCCUUGUGCUCCAGAGCACUGGCAAGACUUUGUGUCUGUCCACCUCUCCUCGGCAGGCACCGGUUCCUCUGACAAUCACGCGUUGGAGAAUGAGCUCAGAGCAAAGGGCACCGCGGUGGAGUUUCAUGAAUGCUGCCUGGUUACGGGAGCCACAGUCACCCUUGUAGGAGAGCUCAUGCGCUCUGCCAGCGGCGAGCUGACCCUGCAACCUCUCAGCCAAGAGCAGGUCUCCUGGAAGCGAACUUCUUGGGAGAAGGCUGGUCUGGCAGAAGGCAAUGACCUGGAGCUUCUUGAGGCCAAGACAAAUGUCCUCAUCAGCGACGAUCCGACCCUCCUGUCAAGCGACACAACCAGCAGAGCAGAAGGUGGGACUCAGAGUGCGAAGUCUCGAGGAACAGAUGAUGCAACAGGAGAAGCUUCAAAAGCACCUGGCCCUGCGGCACACCAUGGUUGGCAAGCGCAACGUGGAUGGGCUGCCGGAGCUGCCUCUUGCAAAAUGGGAGGACCAGCCUGCACCGGUGGCACUUGGAGCCUCUCCAUACCCAAUGGCGCCUCUCAUGCCACUUGCGGGUGCCUCUUCGCCUUCAUACUGAUGUGUGGAAGCACUGAGCAGGCACGAAACGCCAAGCCCGGCAAUCUCAGCAAGCAAGUAUCGCAGGUUAGGCAAGAUCCCAAGAGACGUUGUUGGCAACGUGACACUGCAAGACAAUGA